CUUCAUGUUCUGAGUCUGCUCCAAGCUUGUGCGGGAACUGCCUGUCUGUUUAACUUGUGAACUAGCUUACUAACUUAACUCUGCUAAAAUGGCACCCAAGAAGGACGCUAAGGCACCCGCAAAGAAAGCAGAGCCCGCAAAGGCAGCUGCACCCGCACCCGCACCCGAACCUGAGGCGGCACCCGCCCCCCCUCCUUUUGACAUAUCCUCAGUCAAGGUGGAGUUCACUCCUGACCAGCAGGAGGACUACAAAGAGGCUUUCGGUCUCUUCGACAGGGUAGGUGACGCCAAGGUGGCAUACAACCAGAUCGCUGACAUCAUGCGUGCCCUGGGACAGAACCCCACCAACAAGGAUGUGCGCAAAAUCCUGGGCAAUCCCACAGAUGAUGAAAUGGCCAACAAGAGAGUGGACUUCGAGGGCUUCCUUCCCAUGUUCCAGCACAUCGUCAACGACCCCAACAAGGGAACACUUGAUGACUAUGUUGAGGGUCUGCGCGUCUUCGACAAGGAGGGCAACGGCACUGUGAUGGGCGCUGAGCUGCGUAUUGUCCUUGGAACACUAGGUGAGAAGAUGACUGAAGCUGAGAUCGAUGCCCUCAUGGCAGGACAGGAAGACGAGAACGGCAGUAUCAACUACGAGGCCUUUGUCAAGCACAUCAUGUCUAUUUAAGGAUUCUCCAGUUGCUGUGGCUACCAUGUUAUCUGUGGACCCAAUGGUGUCAAGACAUCCACAUCCCCACUGUUACGCCACCAUCAACAGAGAAACACACAGGGGGAGAAAGGACUAUGAGAUGUCAUUUCAUAUAUUUUUGUUUUGUUUUGUUUCAUUUAAUUUUUUUUGGUCCAACUCCCACUCCCGACUCUCUGCUCUCCAUUCUCCUCCACUGGGAGCGGUUCUUUUCUUCCCCAGCCAACCGGCAGAUGCUCAUUGUGCUCCUCCAUCUUGGUGGUGUGCGACUCUCAGUCGCAUGAGUGAGGUAAAGGAGGUAGAAAUAACUUUGUUUAAAUGUUGCAGUAGUUAAACUAGUUGUUCCAUCUGUUAAUUACUGCCUGGAUAAGGCCAGUAGAGGUGACUGGCUUUUCUCAAGACUGGCCAUCAAAAC